GCUGCUCCUGUGCCUUUGAAAAAUUAGAGCAAUGCCUCUUUUCGGACGCUCCUGUUUUGUGAACUCCGGUUCUGGUAGAUGGAAGAUGGAAGCUGGAACCACCCGACCACCCAAGUUCAAAACUUGCAGCUCACAGCUCAUCAUCAUCUCAUUCAACUUUGCUUGCUCACAAUAAUCUAGCAAGCCUUCCUUUCUCCCAAAAGCAGUGAUCGUACCAACCAUGAUGAGCAAAGGGAUAAACUGUGUCCGGUUCGCCGAAAGCAGCAACAAAAUUAUGGUGUUCGACUCCCAACAAGAACACAGCCAGAGAGAUGAGCUAUGGUACAACCGGGAAGACUACAAGAGCUGGAAAGUAGAGACUCGACGAAAUGCAAGGGUCUGGAUGCGGCAAGGGUACGGGGAGCUCCUUGAAGGGACUUUUGAAAAGCCAACUCGUGAUGCUCAGAGACGCAUGAAUGCCAUCUCGCAACAGUUGGGAGAUGCCGGCUGCUUCCGAGGCAUUGAACGUUCCCUCAACGAAAACCACGACGACGAACGGGCCUCUGCAAGUCUACAUGCUAUCGAGGGGUUGGUGGAUCACCAGAGCCGAAUGAAGCAGCACGGGGACUGUACAGAUGAGGAACUUGCCCAAGAACUGAGCGAAUUCUUGCAAAGACACUCGCAGUCAGCAAGUCGCUUUGCAAGGCGAAUGGGAAAGGCCGAUGCACGCGUUGUCGGCCUUGGGGACGGCGAGGACACGUCUCGUCAAUUUUUGGAGGAAGCAUGUUCCAUUCCAGCACCACCACCAAGGCUCACCAGAUGGAACUCUUGCGGGUCCUCCAGUGGGGCGUCUUCUGCGGCGUCGCCUCAGUUACCUAGGAGAUGCCACCUUCAGUCCACCGACCACAAAACGAUCGUGGAACGUUCAUCGUCGCCAGCGUCCGCCAGAUCAGAAGUGCUGGAGAUCAGCCAAACAUUGUUUCACCUGGGAGCGCCUCCCGCACAAAAGCAGUACUCCUUCUGCUCCUACAGAGUAUAGAAUGCACAUAAUGAUGUUCAUAAUUAAUAACCAAAUGGGUUCUUGUACAACUAACUACAAGUAUACCGGUACAACAUUGUAUGGG